UUUUCUUGGCGGAGUUGUAGCCCUUAGGUCUGAGGGUGUCCGUCGGAUCCAAAAUUGUGAAAAAAAACUCCGGUCCGAGACCUUUACUUAUGUUCCAGUGACAGCGAGACCAGUAGACAACGUUGACAUACUUAUUAGUUUUCUUCCAGAGGGUCUCAUUUGUCUUUGUGGAGUAGGAUCAAUCAGAGAAAGUAGCUGCCGACGAACCGGUUGAACCGGUUGCAAUUACAGUCAGCAUCCAAGAAGUCCGUUUCCUGGCUGGCAGUGCCUAUAGUAAGUCUAUAGUCUGAGAAGCGAGUCGAGUCUGGGUUACUCAAAACCUUCGAUGGAUGGCCCAGCGUACCCUGCGGGACACGGUGACCCGACGUAUCCAGUUCCGGGUCAAACACCGUACGUGCCCCCCGGGGGAGGUUAUCCUGCCCCCGGGCAGAACUACCCACCACCAGGACAGAACUACCCACCCCCUGGACAGAACUACCCACCACCCGGGCAGCCCUACCCACCCCCUGGGCAGAACUACCCACCCCCCGGGCAGACGUUCCCACCCCCGGUACAACCUGCCGGACCCGGGGGACAAGAGGAACGCCAGCCCUGGUACAGCCCCAAAGGAAAGGGCUGUGUUUACGUCACCCUCCUGGUGCUGAUGUUCGUCAUCUUCGGCAUCGUCAUCCUUCCCAUCGCCUGCCUCUGCAUGCUGUGCGCAUGCGCGGGUGGUGGCGGCGGUGGUGAUGGCGGAUCUUACGACGGGGGAUCGGGAUGCGAUGGAGGAGAUGGAGGAGAUGGUGGGGAUUGAUUUGAUUUGAUUUAUUGAAAUUGCAACAGUGCAAUACACGUGGGACACAGGCAGAUGUUGCUGGUGUUGUGUCCCACACAUAGAAACAUAGUGCGGGACGGACAAUAACCAUUUUCACUUGAUUAGCAUAUUCAAAUGAACAUCAUUGGAAACGCGAUAGAUAUUUCCCAGAACAUGUGGUUGUGGUUCGUGUGAGAAUAAUGAUGCACAUAUUUACUUUA